AUGUCGUUUUCGAAGUUGCCACGAGUUUUGAUAUCCGAGGAAGCUUCCAAAGCAAAGAACCCUGGCCCAGGCGACUAUGAUCCAAAAGAAAUCGACCGCUCAAUCGCAGUGAGGAUCGCGCCGAAGGGUACCCAGCAAGCAAAGAGAUCGUUGGCUACUAAACCCAACUAUCUCAGCAAGAAAGACGUAUCCGGUGUAAGGAAGAAGCUGGAUAGCAAUGUCAUGAUUUCUAAAGUCCGACUCCAGCAGCUUACUGUGCAAGCUCAGCAAUUCAAGGAUGACAACGAUAUUCUGAAGAAGACUCUGGAUAGCGUCGAAAAGGAGCGAAACCAAAGCUGGACACAGCUCAAAGAAAAAAAGGCCUCUCUAAAAGAGAUGGAAGCCAGGCUCGAAUUCUACGAGCAGCAAAAAGUUGAGCUUGAGAACGAGCUUGCAUCGAAAACCGAAUUAUUGGAUAAAGAAAAAGAACGAGCGAACUCUGUUGGCGACACCCUAGCUGAAAUGAAGAGCAAGUUCUCGGCGCUAACACUCGAUUCCGAGUCACAGGAAGAAGAAAAAAGUAGACUCACUGCGGACUUAUCCAUCAAAAUAGCUUCGUUGGAAAAAGCACAAAGCGAGAUUGAGCACCUGAAGCAGGUUAUUACAGAGCUGCGUUCAAGGAUUGACUUCAACGAGAAAGAGCAAAGGGAAACGACGCAAAGAUGUCUAGACCUUGAGCUCGAAAUCACGGAAUGCAAGAUUGACCUCCAGAAUGCUCGACAAUCCUUCGCCGAGUUGGAAACUGACUACUCAAUCAAAGAUCAAAAGCAUACCGCCACCAUCGAAUCUUUGAAACGCGAACUUGAGACUGAAAAAUGCAAAUACGAAACUCAAGUAGCAAAAUUAGAGAGCGACCGCGUACGCGAUGCUGAACAACACCAGUGCGAAGUUGUGGCACUCCAGACUCAGUUAGACAACUGGGAAGACAUCUCGAGAAAUUACGAGACUGAACAGAAAAAAAAUCUUGCGGAUAUCGUCGCGCUUCAGGAGGAACUAGGCGUUCUGACAAAGGAUUUCGAGAAUUGCAAAGCUGACCGCGCAAUUCUAAUGAAACAAGUUGAAGUCGGCAACGAAUUCGAGCUAAAGUGCGAGGCACUGCUAGAAGAGAAUGCCGAACUGCAAUUGAAUCUGCACGAUACAAGAGAACAAAUGAAAGAGCUCGUCGAGCAGCAAGUAACAUACGAGGACGAACUGGAGGAGCAUUUCGAAGCUCUCAUGCGAAAUGUGGAAGAUCUGGACGAAGCCAAGUCAAAACUAUCGGAACUAGAGAACGAGCGAGACGUAAUUGUCCGCGAAUUGCAAAUGUCCAAAGAAGCAAACGAAUCUGUUGAGGCAGAACUGCAGAAGAGAAUCAGCCAGGUCAACGACUCAGUUGUCGGUGGACUGAUCAAAAAAGAUGCUAGCGAUGAGAAAUACAACCGGUUGAAAUCAUCCGCGAUGAAACAAGAAAAGGUCUUCUACGAGAAGAUGGAAGGAUUGACCAAAAAAAUGAAAGAAGAAGAACGUCGUUUCAAGCAAAUUAUCGCUGAUAGAGAUGCCUUGCUCAAGUACAAAGACGACGAAAACACUCGUUUGCGGAAAGCUGAAUUUGAGAAGAAACAGUUGCACGAGAUGGAGGUCAAAGAGCUCAAGCUUGCCCUUGAGAAUGCCAGGGCAGAACAGACGCGCGAUGAACUAGCAACUAAAGUGGACGACGCAAUUAUAGAAGAGUUCAACGCCGAGAAAAAUGUACUUGUUGAGCAAAACCAAAACUUACAAAAGAGUCUGAAUGAAACUGAGCGCAAGUUGUCGUCCACGAUGGGCCACACUAAUCACUUGCAAAAAAUCAAGUACACGGAGCGCUUACGCCAGGAAAACACCAAUUUCCGGGAGAAGAAUGCUGAACUCGAGCGCCAAGUCAAGAAAUUGAAUGCGCGCAUCAAGGCGCUAGAUACAUCUAUUAUUGCUGGAUCUGAGCACUUCUUCCCUCAAUCAUCGAAAAACUAA